UAUAAUAAUUGUUGGGCCACACUGACAACACAAAACCUCGCACAUUUCUUUGUUGGAAUUUUCUUAGCUUGUCUCAUUUUUCGCUGCACAUACUACAAAACGGUUUAAACCAGGAUUCGUUUAGACAUACACAUUUUUUUAAAGUAAAAUUAAGUUAAAAAGAGAAAGUUAAGUGCUUUUAAUAAAAAAAUGCCAGCCGUUGUACGUAUAAAACGCAGAAUCGAUGAGGAGCCACUUAGUGCAUUCAUAUUAAAUAGCAAGAAACGACGCCGUUUAGCAGAUAACGAAGCAGGUGAUGUAGCUGAAGAGGUCGCGGGAACGGCAGCAGCUGUGGGCACAGACGUUAAUAGGGCUGUAAAUGACAAAGAUGGCGAAGUAUCAACAAUACUCAAAUUUGCGGGUACAAUACAGGAGCAGGAUGAUGGCGCUACCACGCAGUUAGCGCGACUCACAAAAGAAGCAGCCAAAGAACUUGUGCUACAGAAAUCUGUGCGGCCACCCAGUAAUCACACCGAGCGUGCAAGACAGGAAAUGCGGCAAGCACUGCAUGAGAGCCGGUUCCGUGUGGUAAACUGUAUGCGUACAACGCUUGAAGACGCAAACGCUGCGGAAGCGGCAAAAGAAGUGACAAUUGUCGAUAUAGAAAAGCAAGAUGCUGGCGCACAAACAAACAACGUGCCGUCCGCACAAGCAGAUGGACAACCACAUUUGUCACAGCAUGCCGCACAACAACAAAGACAAACAAUAGAUGGGGAUGCGCAACAUAUGCCCGCACAUGAUCAUGCAAAUAAUGCACAGCAAGCGACUGACUCUGACACAGGCUACGUAUAUGAUUUGUAUUUGCCAGAGAAUGAAUUGCAAGUGGAAUAUGCUGAUAUGAUGGACGAUAACUAUUUAAGUAUUCGCCCAUACGAUGAUCUAGUCUAUGAAGAUCGUUUCAAUGAUGAUGACGAAGAUGAAGACUCAGAAGACUCGAAUAAUGAAAACUACUAUACAAAUGAUUAUCCCGAUGAGGAUGAUGAUAAUGAGGACUAUAAAGACUCCUAUGAUCAUGGAGACAUUGAUGCCAUGGCAUUGGGUAUGCGGCACAUGCGCAUGGGCAUUCAGCAAGGUUACAUACACACAUUUGAUGAUGAAGAUUCUAGCGUGUCGGGUUGUGAGGAUUCAUCGGAUGAUGUUUACUAUGAUGAUGAAGAUCACAUUUUCGGACGUAGUAAUAGGCGUAAACAUGGCGGUGAUGACGAUGGUGACGACGACGAUGAUGAUGAUGUCGACUAUUAUGAUGCUGGCGGUAAUAGCGAUGAUUCAGAUGCCUAAAUCUUUGCAUUGCUGAUGUGAUUUAUGUUCAAUAAAUUACUUAAACUUAUUUA